AAUACAGCUUUCGUAUUAGGAGCGUGUAUAUAGUUAGGAAUCCACUGUAAACCGAUUUGCGCUUAAACUCCGGUUUUAUCUGCACUAAGUACUGAGGCUUAGCUCGGCAUUGUGUUUGACUAAGUGAACAAAUAGAUGGAGUGAUAUUUUAUUGACUGUUCAUUGUGGCAGGAUCGCUCAGUCGAUUUCCGAUCGGCCUUUUUCAUUUUCUAAUACGACAGGUGUGAAAGUAGAUGUGGCCAAACAGCCUCACAGCUGGAUGCAACCCGGAAAGCGAACUUUCUUUCCCUGGAUUUGGAAGCGGUUGCGGCGGAAGUACGUCCAGUAUGACGUAUCUGAAAUCAGCCCCUUAUCCAGUGCCGGGCCUAGGCCUACACGGAAUACCCGUAGACUCUCUCCACGCAUCCAUGGGAGGAUAUCCAGGGGGAAAUCAAAGAAAACAAAGAAGGGAAAGGACGACAUUCACCAGAGCUCAACUUGACAUUCUGGAAUCUCUUUUCGGAAAAACACGGUAUCCAGAUAUUUUUAUGCGAGAAGAAGUGGCCUUGAAAAUCAAUCUGCCAGAGUCAAGAGUGCAGGUCUGGUUCAAGAACAGGCGUGCGAAAUGUAGACAACAACAAAAGCAACACAACCAGCAGCAGAGCGCGGAUAAGACCACCACCAGAUUAAAAAACAAGUCGGCCACCAACCUAAUAUCCAAGUCAUCUCCGACACCCGUUUCGGUUUCCAGCAACAACAACAACACCAGUACGAGUUCCUCAGCUAGUUCUCCAACGAUACAUACAACGCCACACCUUAGAGAUAGUCCUAACUACAUAAAGUCACAACUUCUUUCGACCUGUGGCAGCACCAGUUCUCCAACGAUCCCGAGUUCUACCUUCACAAAUUCAGCAGCCAAUUCAAGCAUUUGGUCUCCAGCAUCUAUCGACAGUUUUUCGUUAGAUCAACAUCGAUGGUGUUCUUCCACACAAGCAACAGUACUGGGUACUACGAAUUCAUCGACAAACUGUUACAACAAUUAUCCAUAUUACUCGAACAUGGAUUAUAUCAGUUCGAGUUCAAUGAACCAUUCACAAUUCACUGAGAAUGGUAUAGAAAACGGCUGGGCCAAAUCUAGAGACGAGUCGUCAUCAUGGUUAUACAAUGGAAGUUGGGACCGAAAAUGAAACCUCAUCAGAGUCAAGAGGCUCGGAAAGUUUUUCUGAUACAUAUGCCGAUAGAUCAAAUUUAUAGUGAUAAAAUUAAUUGAUUAUUGCGAGUACAAAAUACUUUAUCAUCACUAUAUAUAUAGAACUACUUGAAAAAAUAAUACUGAAGAAUUUUGAGAAACUUAUAACAAAUUAUAUUUGAAUUUUGGAAGACUUUUUCAAUCAAAUAAGGAUGGAUAUAUGCUUAGAAUUUUCCUGAAUUUAUCGAUAUAUAUCAUCUUUCAUUUAAUUUUUUAAUGAAUAAUCCAAUUGUUUUUUCAAGAGCUUGUUUUAAAAAUGAAUUAAUAGAUACUUUAUUGAUCGCAAAGGGUAUAUUCCUUCAGAUUUUCAAGCCAAAACAAUUCUAAAGACUUAAGUACGAUAAAACUAGCUAAAAAAUUACGUUUGAUGUUUGGGUUUAGGUCCAGUUUUAUCGUAGAAAUGUUGAACUCAAGGAUGGAGUUAGUUCGGAAACAUUAAAUGAUAAAAUAUCUAAUUCUAUUACUCUACAAGAACUCGUAGAAAAGAAUGUUUUCUGAUGUAUAUCUUUCCUUAACAAGAGCAGGUUUUCAUGAGAAUUAUACCUAUUUAAUCUUUGUUUCUUAAAUAAUUUGCAGUGUAUAGUGAAAAAUAUCAACUAGAAGUGCAAUUAGUUUAGGUUCAUUACUUCAAUGAUUGGAAAUGUGCAAUGUAAAAAGGAAAAUGCCAUAUCAGUUUCAUUAUUUGUACAUAAAAGAAAUUAAAAUACAAAAUUACUGUAAAUUAGUCCUAGUUUAUAUAGACUUUUCGACCAAUACAAUAAUUAUAUCGAAUUUAAAUUCAGAAUUCUUAUUUUAAUGAAUACUAGUCAGUCAUGUGCCAAUAUGAGAAAAUCAACGAAACAUCUCGAGAAAAUUUGUUAACGUUCAUGUACAUAUCUUAGGUUUAGUUAUUUCUUCAAUUGCCUAAAUGUCAACCUUAGUAGAACUGUAUAUAUUUGUUUUCAACAUUUAUUAAGUGGUCGUUCAUUAGAUUUUGCUACAUCGUUCUGAUGUGGACUAUAUUUGUAGAUUUACGAAGUUUUAAGGCCUAUUAUUUUCAAGUCUGAUUUUGAAUAAAACACCGUUUACUUUG